AUGUUCUCCCCCAGGCUAAUGGAGGAGAUAUUGUUUAUCGCUAUUGUUUUAAUUAGCAGUUUAACACUUGCAAAUGAGUCCUCCAGACCUUCUGCGCUUUCUCCCCUCUGCCGAAAGAGGGCACUCGCCACGACACGCCGAUUUCUUAUGGUCCUAAUAGGCUUCCCAGGCACAGUGCGCGUGCGCCUAUCCUGUCCCAGGUGUCCAGCUUUGUGCCUGAUUGAUGUAAUCCCGGCUGCGGUCGGCGCGCAGUUUUCAGUCAGGGCGGAACUGCGGGAAAAGAGCGUUCACUGGACCCAGAACGCCUCUGGGCCUCCGGGCCGAAGGGUUCUGGGCGGUCCUGGAAGGGUCUGGCGGCGAGUCGGGCAGCCCACGAGGGCGGGGAGGGCGGGGCCGGCCCCUCAGGGUCCUGGGCGUCGGUCGUCGGUGGGGCCGGAGCUGGGCGCGGAGCCCCUGACAGUGCAGACGCCCAGCGGCAGCAGGAUGAGUGUGGAGGCAAGUGCCCGGCCUCUGCGGGUGGGCUCCCGUGUAGAGGUGAUUGGAAAAGGCCACCGAGGCACUGUGGCCUAUGUUGGAGCCACACUCUUUGCCACUGGCAAAUGGGUAGGCGUGAUUCUGGAUGAAGCAAAGGGCAAAAAUGAUGGAACUGUUCAAGGCAGGAAGUACUUCACUUGUGAUGAAGGGCAUGGCAUCUUUGUGCGCCAGUCCCAGAUCCAGGUAUUUGAAGAUGGAGCAGAUACUACUUCCCCAGAGACACCUGAUUCUUCUGCUUCAAAAGUCCUCAAAAGAGAGGGAACUGAUACAACUGCAAAGACUAGCAAACUGCCCACCCGCCCAGCCAGUACUGGGGUGGCUGGGGCCAGUAGCUCCCUGGGACCCUCUGGCUCAGCGUCAGCAGGUGAGCUGAGUAGCAGUGAGCCCAGCACCCCGGCUCAGACUCCGCUGGCAGCACCCAUCAUCCCCACGCCGGUUCUCACCUCUCCUGGAGCAGUCCCCCCACUUCCUUCCCCAUCCAAGGAGGAGGAGGGACUAAGGGCUCAGGUGCGGGACCUGGAGGAGAAACUAGAGACCCUGAGACUAAAACGGGCGGAAGACAAAGCAAAGCUAAAAGAGCUGGAGAAACACAAAAUCCAGCUGGAGCAGGUGCAGGAAUGGAAGAGCAAAAUGCAGGAGCAGCAGGCCGACCUGCAGCGGCGCCUCAAGGAGGCGAGAAAGGAAGCCAAGGAGGCGCUGGAGGCAAAGGAACGCUAUAUGGAGGAGAUGGCUGAUACUGCUGAUGCCAUUGAGAUGGCCACUUUGGACAAGGAGAUGGCUGAAGAGCGGGCUGAGUCCCUGCAGCAGGAGGUGGAGGCACUGAAGGAGCGGGUGGACGAGCUCACUACUGACUUAGAGAUCCUCAAGGCUGAGAUUGAAGAGAAGGGCUCAGAUGGCGCUGCAUCCAGUUAUCAGCUCAAGCAGCUUGAGGAGCAGAAUGCCCGCCUGAAGGAUGCCCUGGUGAGGAUGCGGGAUCUUUCUUCCUCAGAGAAGCAGGAGCAUGUGAAGCUCCAGAAGCUCAUGGAAAAGAAGAACCAAGAGCUGGAAGUUGUGAGGCAACAGCGGGAGCGUCUGCAGGAGGAGCUAAGCCAGGCAGAGAGCACCAUUGAUGAGCUCAAGGAGCAGGUGGAUGCUGCUCUGGGUGCUGAGGAGAUGGUGGAGAUGCUGACAGAUCGGAACCUGAAUCUGGAAGAGAAAGUGCGCGAGUUGAGGGAGACUGUGGGAGACUUGGAAGCGAUGAAUGAGAUGAAUGAUGAGCUGCAGGAGAAUGCACGUGAGACAGAACUGGAGCUGCGGGAGCAGCUGGACAUGGCAGGCGCGCGCGUUCGUGAGGCCCAGAAGCGUGUGGAGGCAGCCCAGGAGACGGUUGCAGACUACCAGCAGACCAUUAAGAAGUACCGCCAGCUGACCGCCCAUCUACAGGAUGUGAAUCGGGAACUGACAAACCAGCAGGAAGCAUCUGUGGAGAGGCAACAGCAGCCACCUCCAGAGACUUUUGACUUCAAAAUCAAGUUUGCUGAGACUAAGGCCCAUGCCAAGGCAAUUGAGAUGGAAUUGAGGCAGAUGGAGGUGGCCCAGGCCAACCGACACAUGUCCCUGCUGACAGCCUUCAUGCCUGACAGCUUCCUUCGGCCAGGUGGGGACCAUGACUGCGUCCUGGUGCUGCUGCUCAUGCCUCGUCUCAUUUGCAAGGCAGAGCUGAUCCGGAAGCAGGCCCAGGAAAAGUUUGAACUAAGUGAGAACUGUUCAGAGCGGCCUGGGCUGCGAGGAGCUGCUGGGGAGCAACUCAGCUUUGCUGCUGGACUGGUGUACUCGCUGAGCCUGCUGCAGGCCACGCUACACCGCUAUGAGCAUGCCCUCUCUCAGUGCAGUGUGGAUGUGUAUAAGAAAGUGGGCAGCCUCUACCCUGAGAUGAGUGCCCAUGAGCGCUCUUUGGAUUUCCUCAUUGAACUGCUGCACAAGGAUCAGCUGGAUGAGACUGUCAACGUGGAGCCUCUCACCAAGGCCAUCAAGUACUAUCAGCAUCUGUACAGCAUCCACCUUGCCGAACAGCCUGAGGACUGUACUAUGCAGCUGGCUGACCACAUUAAGUUCACGCAGAGUGCUCUGGACUGCAUGAGUGUGGAGGUAGGACGGCUGCGUGCCUUCUUGCAGGGUGGGCAGGAGGCUACAGAUAUUGCCCUCCUGCUCCGGGAUCUGGAAACUUCAUGCAGUGACAUCCGCCAGUUCUGCAAGAAGAUCCGAAGGCGAAUGCCAGGGACAGAUGCUCCUGGGAUCCCAGCUGCACUGGCCUUUGGACCACAGGUAUCUGACACGCUCCUAGACUGCAGGAAACACUUGACAUGGGUCGUGGCUGUGCUGCAGGAGGUGGCAGCUGCUGCUGCCCAGCUCAUUGCCCCGCUGGCGGAGAAUGAGGGGCUACCUGUGGCUGCUCUGGAGGAACUGGCUUUCAAAGCAAGCGAGCAGAUCUAUGGGAUCCCCUCCAGCAGCCCCUAUGAAUGUCUGCGCCAGUCAUGCAACAUCCUCAUCAGUACCAUGAACAAGCUGGCCACAGCCAUGCAGGAGGGGGAGUAUGAUGCAGAGCGGCCCCCCAGCAAGCCUCCACCAGUUGAGUUGCGGGCUGCUGCCCUUCGUGCAGAGAUCACAGAUGCUGAAGGCCUGGGUUUGAAGCUCGAAGAUCGAGAGACAGUUAUUAAGGAGUUGAAGAAGUCACUCAAGAUUAAGGGAGAGGAGCUAAGUGAGGCCAAUGUGCGUCUGAGCCUCCUGGAGAAGAAGUUGGACAGUGCUGCCAAGGAUGCAGAUGAGCGCAUCGAGAAAGUCCAGACUCGGCUGGAGGAGACCCAGGCACUGCUGCGGAAGAAGGAGAAAGAGUUUGAGGAGACAAUGGAUGCACUCCAGGCUGACAUCGACCAGCUGGAGGCAGAGAAGGCAGAACUAAAGCAGCGGCUGAAUAGCCAGUCCAAGCGCACGAUUGAGGGGCUCCGGGGCCCUCCUCCUUCAGGCAUUGCUACUCUGGUCUCUGGCAUUGCUGGUGAAGAACAGCAGCGAGGAGCCGUCCCUGGGCAGGCUCCAGGGUCUGUGCCAGGCCCAGGGCUGGUGAAGGACUCACCACUGCUGCUUCAGCAGAUCUCUGCCAUGAGGCUGCACAUCUCCCAGCUCCAGCAUGAGAAUAGCAUCCUCAAGGGAGCCCAGAUGAAGGCAUCCUUGGCAUCCCUGCCCCCUCUGCAUGUCGCAAAGCUAUCCCAUGAGGGCCCUGGCAGUGAGUUACCAGCCGGAGUGCUGUAUCGUAAGACCAGCCAGCUGCUGGAGACAUUGAAUCAAUUGAGCACACACACGCAUGUAGUAGACAUCACUCGCACCAGCCCUGCUGCCAAGAGCCCGUCGGCCCAACUUAUGGAGCAAGUGGCUCAGCUUAAGUCCCUCAGUGACACCAUCGAGAAGCUCAAGGAUGAGGUCCUCAAGGAGACAGUAUCUCAGCGCCCUGGAGCCACAGUACCCACUGACUUUGCCACCUUCCCUUCAUCAGCCUUCCUCAGGGCCAAGGAGGAGCAGCAGGAUGACACAGUCUACAUGGGCAAAGUGACCUUCUCGUGUGCGGCUGGUCUUGGACAGCGACACCGGCUGGUGCUGACCCAGGAGCAGCUGCACCAGCUUCACAGUCGCCUCAUCUCCUAAGCACUCCUUUCCCCUGCUGUCCCCUUCGACCCUCAGCCCUCUGGUGCCGCUCUGCCCGAUGCACAGCCACCUCAGCCAGCCCCCAGGUAGAAACAUGUGGGUUAAGCUCUUCCUACCCUGUUCAGCUUCACUCCCACCCUUUCAGCGUCCUGCCCCUUCACCUUGACCCGGGUUCCCCCACUCCCAUUCCCUGGCCUCUGCCAUAAUUUGCUGUUCAACUGCUCCCUCCUUCCUGAGGGGCCUCAGGGCUUGUGGCGGGUAGGCUGAGACCCCACCACCAAAGGUUAAGUGAGGUCCCCUUGAUUGAGGACGUCACCCCUUGAUUAAAGCAACUUCUGCUUCAGUG